AUGAGGCUUGCAUGGUUUAUCCAGAAUGCAAUCGGCGGCCUUCGCCCAAUACAAGGCGCCGCGGCACGUGUGGUGCCGAAAAGCGGCUCAGGGCUGGGCCUCCAGCGCCGGGACCUCCUGGCGCUGCUGGAAGGCAAGGCUCCAGUGCUUGUGCUUCCUGGUGCCAUCUCCGAUGAAGUCUGCCGAGAAGCCAGUGACUGGCUGCUCCAGCAGUCUGCCGCAGCGGAGCGCUCAGGCGGCUCCUCGGCCCGGCGAUUCGCCGAGUGGCGCUUGGGUCGCGAUCCGGAUGCACCGGCUUCCGACUACAGCAAGCUCGGCUACACGAAAACUGACGUGCUCAUACAAGAGGGCUUCCGAAUGAAGGCGUCCACGCCUGCCCCCAACUCGUACCUGCAGCGCGCAGAAGAGACGACAAAGAGCUUGAUCUCUGCCUUCCCACCAGGCCAGUUCCCCUUGGACGUGAUCCGGGAAGAACUCAAUUCGCUGCCUGCGGUCAGCUGCCGGCUGGAGCGCUGCCCGAGCACAGCACGCAAAUUUCUGCCCUGCGUGGUGCGGCGAAUGGUGGUCGACGCCGAGAAGGCAAUGUGCACAUGGACAGUGUCAGACCUGGAAGUACUCUUUCGGUCAACUUGUGCCAUGUAUCUGCGAGUUCCUGAAGAGUCUUCGGGUGGAGAGUUGCUUCUGCAUGCCGUCCAAAAAAAUGCAUUCCAAAGAUUCUUGAAUGCUCACUUCUUCGAGACAAUUGACAUGCAGAACUUCUAUCCAGACCAAAAAUUUUACACGCAGGAGAUGCUCGGCCGUAUCGAGCCCAUCGUUUAUCGACCUCGUGUCGGCGACGUCGUCUUCAUU